GGGGUUCUGGCAAGGUAAAAUAAAUCUCUAUUUGUUUCAUAGCAAAUUAAAAGGGAGGCGCGCUCUCGAGUCUGUGCUUUUGCUAAGGCAGAAGGUUUUUGCUUAAGGUAGCAAAGGGCAUAUUUUAAAAUUUUAUGGACAAUUUUUCAACAUUUUUAUAAAGUGGGCUGGAACACGUGCCCCCAGCUCCCCCUUUCCCAACAUUUCUGCUGGUUGGUAAAAAUACAAAAAUCUACUCUCCUCGCAUGCAUCCAUCACAUGUCUGGUACACACAUCAAUGCGGAAGUUGGUUGUUGGCCUUUCAACUGAACUUCGCACUUCGAAUCAGAAAAUACGAACAAUCGAGAGACGAUGAAAAGCAAUGCUAUUAACAAAAUGGAGGAAGGACGUGAUAAUACUUGUCAGAUUAUAAUGAGCCGUGAAGAGGUGGACGGUUAUGUUGUGAAUCUGGAGAUCCCAGAUAGAGCUGAAUUGCCGUGUCUAGAUCAAUUUAGUUUUGUAGAUCAAUUGAAAAUGCCUAGGCCCUGCUUCUACAUGCUGAGGGUGCUUGGUGUUUGGCAACCGAAAAACUGUUUAUGGCCUUUUCACUUUUACUCAGCCUUGACAUACUUAAUUCUGCUUGGAAGCAUGCUCUCAAUUCUAGGUUUUGAAUACGUUCUACAUGGGAAAUCGGAGAAGUGGAGGGUUGGAUCGAUAGCAAACAGCUGUUUUACGCUGAUGAAUCUGACAUUGCCUUUUGCAUUCAUAAAAUAUUAUUUCAGAUUUGGAAGCUACGAUGCGUUGAUUUCGAGUGUCAUGCAGAGUUCUUUUGAACACAGAGUCAAGAUAAGAUUUCUUUCUCGCAUGUAUAGUGCUUUCUCUCUUGGCAUGUGGAUACUUGCAGCUGUCUUCUUCUAUAUCCAUUGGCUACCGUUUUUCAAUCGGACUUGGCAUCAUAUAGUGUACGGUUUUACAGUGAUUUACACGACAGGAUGGUGGUCCAGUUGGCUUAGCAUAUAUGGCUUUGUUUGCCAUAUACAUGCUCUGCAAGCGCAGAUAUUUGUAGAACGUAUGCAGGAGGUAUUCCAGAACUCAAAUCGAAGUAGAGCGGAUGAAAGGCGAAGAGUGGGUCUACUUCUAGGCGUGUACAACGAACUGAGUCGGUGGAUAGAGAGGACACAAAGAGAAUUUGGAAAAAUUAUUUCUUUUGCUAUGGCGUACCAUACCAUUGAUGCAAUUGUGUUUAGCAUUGCCUAUUGGGACCGUGAUUUUGGCACAAACUAUUCGAUUCUGCAGUAUGUUGGUGGCAUAGCAUUCGAUCUAGCCAGCAUUGCUAUAAAACUUUAUCCUGCUGCAGUCGUUUCGGCUGCUGUUCAUUACAUAACUAGAAGGUCUGGGAACGAGUGUUACCCGCAUCAUACGUUAAUAGACAUGCCCCUAGAGCGAUUCCAGCUUUAUGAGCAUUUAUCUAUAAGGGAGAAUAUGAUUGGACUGAGAAUACUCGGCGUGAAAGUGACGGUGAGAAUAGCAGUUGGAAUUUUCGUAACAACAGUGACAGGGCUGGCCACUUUCUUACGUUUCGUAAUCGCCAACGUAGGGACAAAGCACUCACUGUGGUGAGGAGGGGAGUUGUGUAAUGUAACUUCAAAUAAUAUUUUUCAGUUUAUUUGCCUUUGAAUCUUCAUUCACUUUAUUAUAGAUAUUGAUGUUAAAAAAGAUAUAAUUAGAAAAAUAUAGCUAGAAAUCAAACGCUCGUCCGGUACCAAAACCGCUCGUCCGACAUACAUGCGUAGAGUCCAAAGCUAGCCAAUUUCAUCAACAAUACACACUUAAACAUGAAGGUUCUCCUUAGAGCAUGUUCUAUCUCUAUGCUAUGACUAUCAUAAAUUUAUGUCAUGAUUAUUUUUUCAAAACAGCUACUUAACAUAAGGCAAACGUAAUGUAAAAUGUCUGUACAGGCAUCAGUCUGCAAAAUGUUAGUCCGGUAUUUGGUAUUUGGAAAAUGUUAGUCCGGACACACGUGUAUCGAAGUUUGAUGGGGUUGUUCUCGUUCAACUUUACAAUAGGUUAAAAGCUGAAGCAGCUUUUACCAUUUCGACAUGGGCGCAUUUCCGUUUUCACGAGACCCCAAAAAGAAAUAAAUUCCAUUUUAGAAUGGAAGUAAUCAGCAUGGGUACUCCCGUAUUCACUGUUUUAUUUGUCUUGCCUAUAGAGAUAGAGUAUUUGUUAUCCUAUCUUUAUGGUUUUGUAGCGGAAAUUGAUAUUUUUCAGUUGAGGAAUCGCUUUCUACAUACCCCGUCUUACAGCAUCUGAAAAUGGAGAACCAGCACUGUAGCAACUUUAGUUCCUAGAAAAAAGAGAGUUUUGGAUGAAUUUUCCGUAUAUGGUCUAAAGCCAGAACUACGUUUAUUAGGCUUGAAAGGCUUGAUCGAGAAUGAUGUUUUUUGAGAUCAUGAUGGCAGAAAAGUUUUGCAAUAGAGUUCUUGUGUGUGUGACGUCACAAAAAAAUAUUUUUAGAGUUUUCGAAUUUUGACCACAUAGCAUAAAAGAACACCGUAAAGUACUCCCAUAUAUAGAAAUCAGUUAAGUUUGUCAAAAAUCGGGUGAGCAAUGGCCAAUAGAAGAUUUGAAGUUUGCCAACGGAUUGCUGCUAUUCUGGCUCAGUUCAUAAAGUUAUGAACUGAAGCCAAAUUACAGAGGUUUGAUGGGAUCAGAGCUUGUGCUCAUCUGGUCAUAUCUCAGCCAAUUCUUAAUAACUCUAAACGAUUUUGCAGAUUUAGAGUAUUUCAUGAUGCUCUUUCAGGUUAUGGGAACAAAUUUAAAAAAUUCUUAAAAAAAUGAUUUCUGUGAUGUCAUCACUUGACAACUCUAUUUUUUCGAAACGCGGUUGUCAGCAGCAGUCAGCAGCAAAGGAAGCCAAGAGUUUGGAAUUGAAGAAAAGGCCGAGAGAUUUUAAGGAAUGUUGUCAGAUACCCUGUGUACCAGACUCACUCUGCAUAAAAUGAGAGAAACUAUAGGGUGAGUCUCUCUUAUUUUAUGUAGAGUCUGGUACCCAGUGUAGUUGUCAGAAGGCAGGGGAUAAAAACUUUUAUACUGAUAUGGCCUAUGUGAUAUUGACAGUGGCAGUGACUAACUUUUGCUAAUGUCUGAAUCAGUUAAGUAGCCCAGUAUUCUUCUCACUAAAGUUUUGAUGACGCAAUUGAAUCUUUUCAAUCCCGGUAUUAUCAUUAUUUUAUGACAGCUCGCUGUCAGACGAAUAGCAAAAGGCCUACGGACUGCCAGACGAAUAUCUCCACGAUUAUCGAAUAAAUGAUCUAUUGUUAAAGCAGUUUUUAUGCAAACCAAAUGAUAAUUUGUCAGAAACCUUUUCACAAGGGAUGUUGCAGAAUUUGAUUUCACUAGCCUCAAAUACCUUGCUUUCAUAGGUAAUGGGAUGUAGCCACAAGACCUGAUUUUAUGAGAGAUGGGGCAAUGCCUUCUGAGGCAAAUGCCUUCUGAGACAGCUAUUUUUUUAAAUUCAUUGGAUCCCAUUGUUAAUGUUUUCUUCCCCGAGUAAGAAAAUGAUAAGAAUCUGUGAAUAGAUCUCGAUUUUCAUCAUCUCUGCACUACGGAAUCCUUGUUUGGGGGUAUGCUUAUGAAGCAAAGCAGAGAUACCCAACCGAUACAAUUUAAACAUCUUCCUCAGGCUGAUUUUGCAAUGUUAGGUCCCAAUUGGAUGUUAUUUGGAAACCUUCGGCUUCGGUGAUUAGAAUUAAUGAAGGCUACUAAAAUUUAUGCAUAAAUCUGUAAAUAUGAUAUCUACUGUUUUUUGACUCUCUUUUAAACUUUGACAUUCAACUUUCUGUAUGAUGGAUGAUACAUGGCAGAUUUUAAGCGAUUAUAUUUUUAUAACUUAUUAGAAUGAUAUUGUGUAAUGUAUUUGAUCAACGUAAUAUUGUGUAAUGUAUGUUAAAUUUGUAGAUACCGAAUUCUGGAACACAAUUGCCUACUUUCAUGAACGGCUAUGUACAAAUUGUGUGGAAGCAACAAAGCUUCUCGUGCCUUUUUGAUAAUACUUGACCAAAUCUGACGCUGUUAUGAGAGCUACCGCAAGGCUCUAAGCCGGGAAAAGAGGCUCUUUAGUUCAUUUCAAGCUCUUUCAGCUCUUUUUAAAAUACUUCUUUCAGUUCGGUUUUGCUAUUCUGAUGGACCCAAGCCACCUUGAAUUCAUACAGCCCAAACCUAAUGGCAAACACCACUUUAUAUGGGUAACGUUGCAACCCAUUAUGUUUCUAAUCAAAGGUGUUGGACAUCAAUAGUUUGUAAAGUUCCACAUCAAGGUGGUAUUUAGACGAAAAUCGACAAAUAUCGGCAAAAAUGACCAAAGAGCAAAGGAGAUGGUCAUAAAUGCCCCCCCCCCAUAUUUUUGCGUGAUGCGUUAUUGGCCAUAUUUCGUGCGUGAAAUGGUGAAAUCUCGAUUUUUUAUGCGUGAUUUCGCGAAUUAAGAUUCCUGCGUGAAGUGUGAAACAUGAGUUUUCUUUGUUUUACACUCUUUUUUAUAUAAGAACCAGUAAAUUUAAGUUCAGGCUGACUUUUCUUAUUUUUUUCGAAUAUCUGAGGCUGGAUUCUUCUUAAUUUGUUCUUAAAUUAAGUGGGUGUAAGCAGUGCUAUUGCUAGCUUUUUCGCUCUAAGGAGGUGUUCAGGCCUCAUUUGCCAACAAAGUGAGUGAGACAGCCUUAAUUUGCUGACAAAUUUGAAUAUUCACCGAAAAAGCACCCACACAUCGCUAAAAAUUCUCGAUUUUGAGAAAAAAACGUAGUUCAAAAUUGCAUUUUGCAGAAGCUCAGCCUCAGCUUGUUCUUAAUUUGUUCUUAACUUUUGACAAGUUUUGAGGCUCGUGUUCUUAUAAAAUUGUUCUUAUAAAAAAAAGAGUGUAAAAGCUUUUACUAUC